CUGAGCCCAAUCCCGGGGCCCCCACCUCACUCCCUGAUACAUGAGGAAAUGGAUGAACAGAAGAUCCUAGAACUCAUCAACAAGAUGAUGGAGCUGCUGACUGGAGAGGUUCCUAUAAGGUGUCAGGACGUGGCGGUCUAUUUCUCCAUGGAGGAGUGGGAGUAUGUAGAAGGACACAAGGAUCAGUACAAGGAUCAGGUGAUGAUGGAGGAUCAGCAGCCCCUCACAUCACCAGUCAGAUCCAGUAAGAGAACAGAUCCAGAGAGGUGUCCCCGUCCUCUUCUUCCACAGGAUGAUCAGGAAGAAGAGACAGAUGUGGGCAGUUAUGAGCAGUAUAAGGAGGACAUUCCUACAGGAAAAGAUUUAAUUUAUAAUACUACAGAUGUAAAGGAAGAAGAGGAGACAGAUGUGAGCGGUGAUGAGCAGUAUAAGGAGGACAUUCCUACAGGGGAAGAUCUGAUCUAUACUAAUGCUCCAGACACAAUAGUAAAAGUAGAAGAAGAGACAGAUGUGAGCGGUAUUGAGCAGUAUGAGGACAUUUCUACAGAUUCUUGUACCAGGAGAUCAGAGGAGAAUCUUAUAUCUUCAGAUUAUAAAGCAGAUGAUGAUAUCACACAAGAUACAUAUGAAGAACAUUCCAUUAUCCCAGAUACACCCUCAGCCCUUCACAGCCAAGAUCUCUCAUCUCAUCCUUAUAUACAGGUCCUGUCUUCUCACUCAUCACAGGAUGUUCAGCAAAAUAAGGAGAUCUUAUUAUCAUGUUUUACUCAGAAAACAGAUGUUGUCCAACAUCAGAGAAGUCACACAGGAGAGAAGCCAGUUUCAUGUUCAGAAUGUGGGAAAUGUUUUACUCGGAAAUCCUAUCUUACUGAACAUGCAAGAAUUCAUACUGGAGAGAAGCCAUUUUCAUGUUCAGAAUGUGGGAAAUGUUUUACUCGGAAAUCAUAUCUUACUGAACAUGGAAGAUUUCAUACCGGAGAGAAGUUAUUUUCAUGUUCACAAUGUGAAAAGUGUUUUACUCAGAACUCAGAUCUUGUUAGACAUCAAAGAACUCACACAGGGGAGAAGCCAUUUUCAUGUUCAGACUGUGGGAAAUGUUUUACUCACAAAUCAAAUCUUGUAAAACAUCAAAAAACUCACUCAGCACUGAAGCGAUUUCCAUGUUCAGAAUGUGGGAAAAGUUUUUCAGAGAAAACAGAUCUUGUUCAGCAUCAAAGAAAUCACACAGGGGAAAAGCCAUUUUCAUGUUUAGAAUGCGGGAAAUGUUUUACUCGAAAACCAUAUCUCACUGAACAUGAAAGAACUCACACAGGGGAGAAGCUUUUUUCUUGUUCAGAAUGUGGGAAACAUUUUACUCAGAAAUCAAGUCUUGGUCGACAUAAAAUAACUCACACAGGAGAGAAGCCAUUUUCAUGCUCAGAAUGUGGAAAUUGUUUUACUAAGAAAUCCAGUCUUGUUUAUCAUAAAAGAUCUCACACAGGGGAGAAACUAUUUUCAUGCUCAGAGUGUGGGAAAUGUUUUACCCGGAAAACACAGCUUAUCAAACAUCUAAGAAUUCAUGCAGGAGAGGAGACAAUUCAGAGCAAGAAAUGCAAUUCAAACAAAAAUAUGUCUUCUGACAAAAAGAAAAAAGACCGAAACCAAUCUACAAUUACCACUAGAAAUAAAUUUGCUGCAUUGGAGGACAUACAGGAUUUUGAUGAAACAAGUUUAACCGCUACUAAUCCCAAUUAUGCUACCUCAUCCCCUUCCAAUAGCCCUGCAAAACAAAAAGCUAAAUGGGAGGAUGACUCUACCAAAAAAUCCUCACAACAUUCGCAGGAGAUAGAUUUUGAAGAAGCUAUGGGUACACUAAACACAACCGAAGUAGCCGCUUCUGAAUCCUUCAUCAAAGAAACUAUGUUAAUGCUCCAUAAAGCCUUCAAAAGAGAAUUUGCUACUGCUACCAGCGAAACAAAUAAAAGAAUUGAAGUGGUGGAGGAUAAGAUUCAACACAUAGAAACAAAAGUUGGUGAAAUUGCAGAAGCCCACAAUAAUCUUGUAGAUGAUCACAACUCCACAAAAAACGAGAUAGAAAAAUUGCGCAUGAAGGUAGCAGACAUUGAAGACAGAAACAGACGCAACAAUGUCAAAUUUAGAGGAAUAAGCGAAGAAUAUACUCCCGACAUGCUGCAAAAAUACGUUAAAGACUUCAUUAAAGCUUUGGUUCCUGAAAGUACUACACAUGACUUAAUAAUUGACAGAGUCCACAGGCUCCCAAAGCCGAGAGGCCUCCCUGAUGCGAUCCCUAGAGAUGUUAUCGCCAGAAUCCACUUCUUCCACACAAAGGAAAAACUACUGAAAAAUAUGAGAAAAAAGAAAUCUGACAUCCCGAUACUUUACAAAGAUAUCCAAGUUUUUGCAGAUUUAUCGCAAUAUACCCUUCUAGCAAGAAAGCAACUACAAGACAUUACAUCGACCCUCAGGAAAAACUCCGUCAAUUACAGAUGGGGUUUUCCGACCAAACUCAUCAUUAACUACGACAACAAGACGUUCCUGAUAAACUCAGUCGCAGACGGAGAAGAUCUACUGAAAAAAUGGGGACUACAGAUACAUUUCCUCAACUCCUUACUGAAAAAAACUCGUAAGAAUUCGCAAGGCAAAAUAAUUUUAUGCGGAGAUUUAAAUGCAAUCAAUACUGCCUCUCUAGAUUCCACCUCAGUUUCUACCUCUCCGUCAGUUCAACUAAAUGGUUGGCUUAAUGACAAUGAGUUACUAGACGUGUGGAGGUGCAUGCAUGACAAUGAGAGAGAUUAUACCUACUAUUCAACUCCACACAAUGUAUAUACGAGGAUAGAUUAUUUUAUUACCAACAUUUGGUCCAUCAAAGAUGUCAUUAAAUGUGAUAUUGGAUCAAUAUCGUGGUCGGACCAUGCGCCUCUAUACUUGCUCAUUGACAUACCCAACUUCCCUUCCAAUGUAUAUCAGUGGAAAGUUAAUUCAUUUGUCCUAAACAAUCCUAAUACUAUUGAGAUACUAAGAGGUGAAUUGACUGAAUUUUUUGAGAUCAAUGCAAAUUCUGUCCCUGACCCGACCACUUUAUGGUGCUCUCAUAAGGCGUAUGCUAGAGGUAUCAUUCUGAAACACACGGCCAAGGCAAGGAAACUAUACAACAAAGAUAUCUCAUUAACGUUAGAUAACAUUAAAUUAUUGGAAGCCGAACAUAAAUUAGACAAUUCUAAACUUGAUACCCUACUAUCCCUUAGGUCACAACGUUUAAAAAUAGCUAAACUGCUGCAAGAAAAAUUUGACAAAUACACUAAACACUCAAGAACGAAUCUCUAUCAAAACCUUAAUAAACCGACUAGUUUAAUGGCUAAACUAGCUAAACACAGACAAUCGAAAAAUAGACUCCCUUUCCUGAAUCCCCCGGAUGGUUCCCCUAAAAUAUUUCAUCCACAAAAAAUAGCUGAUAAAAUAAGCGAAUAUUAUAGCAACCUCUAUAAUUUAGGUAACGAUCAUAACAUACCCCAGCCGGACAUAACACAAAUCCGCGACUACCUAAAAUCCUGCAACAUAAAAACUUUCUCACCUGAAGACGCCAAUAUCAUCUCCCAACCGUUCACUAUAGACGAAAUUCAUAAAGCCAUAGACUCACUUAAAAAAAGAAAAUCUCCCGGCCCAGACGGCUUCAACGCCGAAUAUUACAAAUUGAUGUGCCCAGUCUUACUUCCUCACUUGGUCUCCACGUUUAAUAGUGUUUUACAAGGUAAACGCUUUCCUCCUGAAAUGGUGAGGGCCACAAUCGUUACCCUACCUAAAGCAGGGAAAGUCCCAGAUUGGCCUACUAACCUGAGGCCCAUAUCAUUGUUGAAUGUGGACAUCAAACUAUAUGCAAAAAUCUUGGCCAAUAGGCUCUCUCAUAAUCUUCCAGAUGUGAUUAGUAAAGAUCAACGAGAACUCAUCAACAAGAUGAUGGAGCUGCUGACUGGAGAGGUUCCUAUAAGGUGUCAGGACGUGGCGGUCUAUUUCUCCAUGGAGGAGUGGGAGUAUGUAGAAGGACACAAGGAUCAGUACAAGGAUCAGGUCAUGAUGGAGGAUCAGCAGCCCCUCACAUCACCAGUCAGAUCCAGUAAGAGAACAGCACCAGAGAGGUGUCCCCGUCCUCUUGAUGAGCAGAAUAUGGAGGACAUUACUACAGGGAAAGAUCUGAUCUAUAUUAAGGCUACAGACAUAAAGGAAGAAGAAGAAGAGACAGAUGUGAGCGGUGAUGAGCAGUAUAAGGAGGACAUUCAUACAGAUAACCGCACAGAUUCUUGUAGCAGGAGAUCAGAGGAGAAUCUUAUAUCUUCAGAUUAUAAAGCAGAUGAUGAUAUCACACAAGAUACAUAUGAAGAACAUUCCAUUAUCCCAGAUACACCCUCAGCCCUUCACAGCCAAGAUCUGUCAUCUCAUCCUUAUAUACAGGUCCUGUCUUCUCACUCAUCACAGGAUGUUCAGCAAAAUAAAAGUCACAAAAGGGGUGUUGGACAUCAAAGAGAUUGUGCAGGGAAGAAGCAAUAUUCAUGUUCAGUAUGUGGAAAAUGUUUUACUUCUUAAUCAAGUCUUGUUGAACAUCAGAGAACUCACACAGGGGAUAAACCAUUUUUAUGUUCAGAAUGUGGAAAAUGUUUUACUUUUAAAUCACGGCUUGUUAGACAUCAGAGAAUUCACACAGGAGAGAAGCCAUUUGUAUGUCCAGAAUGUGGAAAAUAUUUUAUUCAGAGAUCACAUCUGUCUGAACAUCAAAAAAUUCAUAUUGGAGAGAAGCCAGUUUCAUGUUCAGAAUGUGGAAAAUGUUUUAUUCAGAGAUCACAUCUGUCUGAACAUCAAAAAAUUCAUAUUGGAGAGAAGCCAUUUUUAUGCUCAGAAUGUGGAAAAUGUUUUACUUCCAAAUCAUGGCUUGUUCAACAUCAGAGAACCCACACAGGAGAGAAGCCAUAUUCAUGUGCAGAAUGUGGAAAAUGUUUUACUCGAAAGGCAAGUGUUGGACAUCAACGAGCUCAUACAGGAAAGAAACCAUAUUCAUGCUCAGAAUGUGGGAAAUGUUUUAGUUUUAAAUCAGGUCUUGUUACACAUCAAAGAACUCACACAGGAGAGAAGCCAUUUUCAUGUUCAGAAUGUGGGAAAUGUUUUAAUCAGAAAUCAAUUCUUGUUGUACAUAAAAGAACUCACACAGGAGAGAAGCCAUUUUCAUGUUCAGAAUGUGGGAAAUGUUUUGCUUUUCAAUCAGGUCUUGUUAGACAUCAAAGAACUCACACAGGAGAGAAGCCGUUUUCAUGUUCAGAAUGUGGGAAAUGUUUUACUUUUCAAUCAAGUCUUGUUCAACAUCAAAGAACUCACACAGGAGAGAAGCCAUUUUCAUGUUCAAAAUGUGGGAAAUGUUUUACUCAGAAACCGCAUCUUGUUGUACAUCAAAUAACUCACACAGGAGAGAAGCCAUUUUCAUGUUCAAAAUGUGGGAAAUGUUUUACUAAGAAAUCAAGUCUUCAUCAGCAUCAAAGAAAAGAACUCACACAGGGGAGAAGUCAAUUCAGAGGAAUAAUUGAUGCAGAUAACACAUCUAUAUAUUAACCAUGUACAUAGGAUAGUUGACAGUAAUAUAUAUAUAUAUAUAUAUAUAUAUAUAUAUAUAUAUAUACACAUACACACACUUCAUUUCCAAACUUGUUACCAAUUUUUAAGAAGUUCUCUAUAUUAUAUGAUUUUUUAUUCUUAUAUUCAUCUCCGCACACUGGACUUAUAAUAAAUGUAAUAUUGUCCCUGACGUUGUAUAUAGGGAAUGUAACGCGUCAGUGUUGUCCCCGCCCCCUUCUCAUUAUGAUUAUAGAGACUUUAAUUCAAGGCAUCAGACAGGAUCCGCGCGUCUCCCUUGAAGAUCGUCUCUUCUGAACAUAAGACGCUGCAGAUACUUUUAUUUAUCACAAACCCUAGACCAGCGUUUCCCGUCUUGACGUCUAUUUUCGGUCUCAGAUCAUAAAAUCCAUUUUUCUAUAUGAGAAGUCGUCAAUAUGUCAGCGUCCCCCGGGUUCAGUAAACAUCGGUGUAAUUCUUUUCCUUUUCUUUGUCCUCCCCGGGGUAUAAAAUCCCUAGAGAUCUGAUCACAUCUGGUACAAGAUCUCUUUACUUCACACUUUGCGCCAUUAUUACACGGAUUGAAGACCCAG